GCUACAUGGAUUAUGAGCGAUCCUCUCAGUACUGCCGCCAGCUUGGCGACAAUGCUGCAGCUGGCAGCGACUGCUACGCAGUACCUCAAAGAUGUCAAGCAUGGGUCAGCUGAUCGCAUGCGUUUACGCGAUGAGCUGCGAAAUACUACGUGCCUCCUCGAGAUGCUGAAAGACCGUGUUGAAGACUCAGAGUACUCGGAUGAGGAAUCCCUGAAACCGGCGUCGCUUUCCACACUCGUCGCGCCUGAUGGACCUCUCGAACUGUUCAAAACGAUAUUAGAGGACAUAGUACGCAAGCUUGCCCCGCAAAAAGGGAUCCGAAAAGUGGCGCAACCUUUUUCCUGGCCGUUUGACAAGAAAACUAUUGCCGAGAUGCUUGGAACGCUGGAGAGGCUGAAGAUGCACUUCGGCCUGAUCAUGCAGAACGAUCUUGUUGCACUGGCAAAAAUGUCUUAUGCAAUGCUUGGUGAAGUGGGCAAGCAGGUCGACAGCAUUGAGACGAAGAGACAGCAUGAAGAAACGGAAAAGAUAUUGGCUUGGAUCAGUCAAAUGAACUUCAGAUCUAAGCACGCUGAUGUAUUAGAGGCAGUGCAGCCUGGUACCGGCAAGUGGCUCUUGGAGGACAAAGUUUUCCUUGACUGGGUCAAUGGCGAUGUCGACAUUCUCUGGUGUCCGGGCAUACCUGGGUCCGGAAAGACGAGUCUUGUUUCUCUGGUCGUGGAUCAUCUUCACACCAAGCAAGACAGGAUGCUAACAUACUUUUAUUGCGAGUAUGGCCAAAGAACAGCCCAAACUCCGAUAGCUCUCCUAUCUAGUUUGCUAGAGCAAGUGCUCCGACGCGCACCUUCUGAUAUUCUACCUCCCCAAGUGUCGUCCCUAUAUGAUCUGCACAAGAAGCACGAUACCCGUCCCACGCUUUCUCAGAUCACGGAUGUUGUCCGUGACAUCCUUUCAUCCCAUCAAGUAGUCCACGUCGUGGUCGAUGCUUUGGAUGAAUGUACUCAAUCGGAAGAGACAGCCUUGGAAUUCAUCUCAGCCGUCCAAGCACUGGGUCCGAACAUAAGGUUAUUGUGUACAUCUCGGUACUCUACAACUUUCGAUACUUUCUUUGGGCAGGCCACAAGGCUAGAGAUAUCAGCUCAAGGCGAAGACAUUCGGAUGUUUCUCGAAGCCCAGAUUCCCCAGCAGUCCAGGCUCUAUAGACACAUUCAAGCAGAUCCUACCCUAAAGGAGGAAAUCAUCAAAACCAUUAUUGAACAGUCACGGGGGAUGUUCCUUCUCGCAACACUGCACUUCGAGUCGCUUUCGCGGAAACUCAACCGCAGAGAAGUGCGGUCUUCUCUGCAAACCCUACCAAAGACUCUGAACGACACAUACGAGCAAGCACUAGUCAGAAUCCGUGGACAAGGGGAAGAAGAUGUCGAAUUAGCUGAGACGGUAGUUCUCUGGAUACUAUGUGCACAGCGGACUCUCACAGUACUCGAGCUUCAGCACAUGUACGCCAUGAAGUCUCUGGCUGGCGAAGGAUUGGCUCUAGAAGAUGACGAUCUGCCAGACGGCGAGAGCCUCACAAGCGUUUGUAGAGGACUCGUUGUUGUAGAUGCAAAGUCCAAGUUGAUCCGCCUUGUGCAUUAUACUGCUCAGCAGUACUUUCAGCGAGUCCAUGAAGAUCGCCUUCCCAGCACCAAGCUCGAAAUGACACAACUCAGCCUGGCCUACCUGACAUUGCCUAAUUUCUCGAGCGGCAUAUGUCAUUCAGACGGAACCAUGUGUACCCGUUUAGGAAGAUACCCCUUUCUAGACUACGCAGCACAUCACUGGGGCUCCGAGGGUUCUAGCGUCGAUUAUGGGCUACUAUGGGAUGAUCUGAUAUCCUUUGUUUCAAAUCAAAAGGCUGUAGAUGUUGCUAAUCAGAUAUGGAGCUUACCACAGCACCGACACAGCGAAUGGAGCCAGGAAUUCCCGCGCGAUGUGCCGGCCUUGGUCCUCGCUGCCUCAUUUGACCUGCCUAAUGUUCUGCGACGCUUGGUGGCUCAAGGGUACGCUCUGGAGAGCAAAGGCAGCGACCACGAAACCCCAAUCAUUCGGGCAGCGAGUCUCGGAAAUACCUCCAACGUUGCUGUACUUCUCGAACUAGGGGCAGCGGUAAAUGCAUCUAGCAUUGCGGAAGAGACUGCGCUAGAGCGAGCGGCAGUAUCUGGGAAUGCAACUACAGUGAGAGCCUUGCUGGAUGGUGGUGCAGAUCUUCAUUUCAAAGCCUCAGCAGACUGGACGGUGCUCAUGUCAGCUGUUUCGAGUGGUAAUAUCGAAGUAGUUCGGAUGUUAGUCGAUGCCGGAGCUGAUCUAUUGGCCAAAACUGCUUGGGGAGACUCGGCCCUUAGCAUUGCUGCUCGGAAUGGUCAAGAAAACAUUGCCACAUACCUUGCAGAUCGCGGAGCAAUCCUACCUGAUAGUGUAGCUGGAAGACGCGCUUCCGUUGUUGCAGCUAGGAAAGGUUUGCGGACACUUGUCAGGCGUCUGACGGCCGAUUAUACUGCUGUAGCUAUGAGAGGACUAGAACGCCAGCGUACAUAUGCUCAUGUCGAUUUGAACAGCGUUCCCGAAGACGCCAUGCCCUCAUCCCCGUUGCUGGAUAACGAAGCAGACAGAGACGAGCUCACUGAGAGCAACGGCAUUGAAGAUCUCAGUGAGGCUGUGGAUGGUCUGGACUACAACAGAGGUUUCUUGAGAAGAUACCUCGUCAUGGAGAGAUUAGGCAAGGGGCACGCGGCGGAAGUCCUGCUUUGCAAAAGCAAAGUGACAGGCGUAUACUACGCAGCCAAGUGUUUUACUUUCACCACGCGCUCAUCUGGCAGGACCUUUGUUCAUGGUAUCCGCAAGGAGAUUGACUCUCUAAAUGAAUUACGCCAUGAAAAUAUCAUAAGACUUGUCGAUAUCGUGGUCCAAGAUGCGAUGGACAAGAUUUACCUCGUCAUUGAGCUAGCUCGAGAGGGCGACUUAAUCAACUGGAUUGUGAUGAAGCAGAAGCUUACAGAGGCAGAGACACGGAAGUUAUUCUUGCAGUUGUUUUCUGCUUUAGAUUUCAUGCAUGAAAGUGGAUGGGUGCAUCGCGACAUCAAGCCUGAGAACGUAAUGCUAGCGGACAAAGAAUUAUCCAUAAAACUAGCCGAUUUCAACUUGGCUACAAAAGUACGAGACACCCCACUCACGGAGGGGCUGUGUACUACAUUGUGCGGAACUCCAGGCUAUGUGGCGCCUGAAGUUAUUCAGAACAGUGAAUCCCGCAAGUAUAGUUACGCUGUAGACGUGUGGUCUGCAGGCGUGGUCAUGUACAUCUGCUUAUGUGGCUUCCCACCAUUUUCGGAUGAGCUUUAUUCAGAAGAAAACCCAUACACAAUGGCGGAUCAGAUAAAGAUGGGAAAGUUCGACUAUCCAUCUCCGUACUGGGACCCUGUGGGCGAUCCAGCGUUGGAUCUCAUCGAUUGGAUGCUUACUGUGGACGCACAGGAGAGGUUCACGAUCAAACAAUGUCUGCAGCAUCCGUGGAUGAUGGCAGGUAACGGUGCCAUCGAUUGA